AUGGAUAAGCCAGAAGAUGGUGCUGAACGGAAUGGCCGCGCCAGACGUACAGGCGCUGAGAGCCCCGACUCGAAUCAUCCGCGCAUCAAGGUCUUCAACAUCCAUAUUCUCUUCAUGGGCCUCCUCGUCUCCCUGGGAGGCUUCAUUUUCGGAUACGAGGGCGGCGCCAUCUCCGGCUACCUCCAAAUGCGCGACUUUAUCCACCGGUUCGGCGACGAUGCAGGUACGGACGAUCGCGACCAGCUGGGCAGGGUCCGCACCGGGUGCAUGGUCUCCUUCCUCAGCGUGGGGUGCCUCUUCGGCGCCCUGAUCAGCGCGCCCGUGGCGGACCGGCUCGGACGGAAAUACAGCAUCACGUUCUGGAACAUCAUCUACAUCCUCGGCAACAUCGUGGCCAUCACGUCGCGGACGGCGUGGUACCAGGUGCCCAUCGGCCGUCUGGUCGGCGGGUUCGGCAUCGGCGCGCUCUCGGUGCUGACGCCCAUGUACCAGAGCGAGACGUCGCCGAAGCAGGUCCGCGGCAUGCUCGUCAGCGCCUACCAGCUCUUCAUCACCCUCGGCAUCUUCACCUCGUACUGCAUCAACUACGGCACCGAGGGCAUCUACAGCCCCGCCGCCUGGCGCAUCACCAUGGGCUGCGGCUUCAUCGCCCCGACCGUCAUGGGCAUCGGCGCCCUGUUCCUCCGCGAGUCCCCCCGCUGGGACUUCCGCCGCGGGCACCACGACGCCGCCGCCACCACCCUGGCCCGCGUGUCGCGCGUCCACCCGAAACACCCCGAGGUGCAGCACGAGCUCCGCGAGAUCCGCCAGCAGCUCGAGGCCGAGAGCGUCGCCGGCCAGACCAAGUGGCACGAGUUCUUCACCGGCCCCGCCAUGGCGCGCCGCACCCUCCUCGGCAUGACCCUGCAGGCCCUGCAGCAGCUCACCGGCGCCAACUUCUUCUUCUACUACGGCACCCAGAUCUUCGACGCCGUCGGCAUCGAAAACUCGUACAUCACCUCCAUGAUUCUGGGCGCCGUCAACUUCGGGUCGACGUUUGUCGGCCUCUGGGUCGGUCACCGCUACGGGAGGCGCCCGGCCCUCGUCAUCGGCGGCGUUUGGAUGUUCAUGUGCCUGAUAGUCUUCGCGUCGCUGGGCUCUUUUGCGCUGUACCCGGAUAACAACCCGAAUGACCUCAACGCCCGCACCGAUCCCAACGUCGGGUACGCCAUGAUCGCCUUUGCCUGUCUUUUCAUCUUUGGGUUCGCAACCACGUGGGGUCCCCUCGUCUGGGCCAUCGUCGGAGAGAUGUACCCCUCCCGCUACCGUGCGCGCUGCAUGGGCCUGGCCACGGCAAGCAACUGGCUGUGGAACUUCCUCAUCUCCUUUUUCACCCCGUUCAUCACCGGCGCCAUCAACUACCGCUACGGAUACAUCUUCGCUGCUUGUAGCGGCGCGGGUGCCGUCAUCGUGUACUUCUUCGUCGUCGAGUCGCAGCGUCGUUCUCUCGAGGAAGUCGACACAAUGUACGUCCGCGGCGUGCUGCCUUGGAAGAGCGCCAAGUGGGAACCCGACAGCAUCGACGAGAGGGAUAUUCGGGAGUCGGCUAGGCCUUGA